GGGGAGCCGAGCUCUCACAAGCGAAGCAUUCACCUAGGAGCCAGUCAAACGCAAUGAGACCCACGGUGGACAUCGAGUUCUCAGAUCUAAGCUACACUGCCGGGAGGCGGCGAAUAAUGAAAGGAGUUUCUGGUAGCUUCAGGGCCGGCCAACUGACUGCCAUCAUGGGUCCGUCUGGAGCUGGAAAAUCGACCCUCAUGAACAUUCUUGCCGGAUAUGUAACUGUAGGCGUUAAUGGUAUAAUCACCACAAAUGGAGAGCCAAGAAAUUUGGCAAAUUUCAACAAAAUGUCGGUGUACAUAAUGCAAGAAGAUUUGCUUCAGCCUUACUUGACCGUGCGAGAAAGCAUGGAGUUGGCGGCGCGAUUGAAACUCGGCAGCAAAUACAGCUCGGAGCAAAUUUUUCAAGUUGUGGAUGAUCUGUUAACCACCCUUGGCCUGUGCAAAUGUGCAGACAACUGGACAAACCGGUUAUCAGGAGGACAAAGAAAAAGAGUCUCAGUUGCUCUUGAAAUUGUCCAUAACCCCCCAGUUAUAUUUUUGGAUGAGCCCACCACAGGGUUGGAUAUUGUGACUAUAAAUCAAACAGUGCAACUUCUCCGUCUACUUGCAAAGCAGGGCCGGACUGUCGUUUGCACUAUUCACCAGCCGUCAGCCUCUUUGUUCCAUUUGUUUGACCGAGUCUACAUGUUAGCGAGAGGGAAGUGCAUCUACCAAGGUGUACCGGGGCAACUUGUGCCUUUUCUGUCGUCGACUAACCUCGAAUGCCCUCAGAAUUACAAUCCUGCUGAUUACAUACUGGAAGUCCUACAGGUGGACAUAAUUGACAAACUCUGUGAAUCAAUACAGAAUGGAAAAGUUGUUAAAGCAGCACCUCUGGCCCUUUGUGAAAUAGAACUUGCUGAAAAGACCAAAGUGGGUAUUCAUAAAAAAUCAGAUUUCCUGACAUUUCCCAACUCAUUCUGGACACAGUUCGUUCUUAUAUUUAGUCGUAUGAUAUUGCAGAAGAAAAGACAUGUUGCAGGGCUGUGGCUCCAAUUUAUCCAUCAUUUAUUUUCUGGCCUGAUUAUUGGCUUGAUAUUCAGAGGAGUAGGAAACGAUGCUAGUCGACCUUUUGACAACUUUAAAUUUAUACUUUGUGUUUCUGUAUUUUUUAUGUACACACACUGCAUGACACCGAUUCUAACAUAUCCAUUAGAGAUAAAAAUAAUGAAAAGAGAAUUUUUCAACCGAUGGUAUAGCUUGAAGGCUUAUUAUUUAGCGAAAACCCUUUCAACGUUGCCGUUAAUCAUUUCCCUUGGUUUUGUCUUUACUUGCAUUGUGUACGUCAUGUCGGAUCAGCCUUUGGAGCUGAAGCGGUUUUCUUGGUUUUCACUCAACUGCGGAUUGAUCGCGCUCACAUCCGAAGGCCUCGGGAUUUUAAUCGGCUUUACAUUCAAGUGCAAGAAUGGUACAGUAGUGGGUCCAUCUGUCAUGGCGCCAAUCCUGAUGAUAGCCAUGCAUGGGAUGGGAUGGGGUCAGAAAAUCACCGACGUUAUGAAAGUUAUAAUGAAAUUCAGCUAUCUGAGGUUCUCAUUGGUCAGCAUGAUUACAGCAUUGUAUCUCGAUAACAGGGUCAUGGAAUGUAAGGACAAAUCCGAACCAUACUGCCACUAUGGUAAUGCAAAACUGCUGGUGCGAGAUCUAGCCAUGGAUGGUGGGCAACCUGCACCGCAAAUAAUCGGUGUCAUCAGCUAUCUGGUUCUAUUCCGAAUCCUCGCUUACCUGGCGUUGCGCUACCGUUGCAGCACUGAAUAUUCAAAUAAGAUCUUUCUAUAUCUCACCAAGAUCUUAAAGAGAAGGUGAAACAUCACCUGUGUUGCAUUUUUUCUGUGAUCGCACCCCUCGCCUGACGGACGGUGCCUAAAUCUGUAUAUAUAAAAUUAUAAUCAACUAUUACCCUUCCCUUACAAUCAAUUUUGUUUGUUCAGUACUUAAUUAUUAUUUUUAAUACGUACUGGUUAAAAUUUGUCUUAGUUUUUCAAACGCCUGAAUACUUUAAGGAAAAAGAAAACAUGAAUUGUUUCAGGUUUAGUGCCAUUCUAUAAAGCUCAAUUUUUAAAAAGCUCAACAGAAAAAUAAAUUUGUUGUGUAUUAUGAGAUCUGUUAAAGUUGUAAAAUUUAGUAAAUACAUUUUCUAGUGUUUUAUUGUUAUUAACUAGCCUUUGUUAAUUUUUUUACUGUGAAAAGAUAUUUACAAAUUAAUUUAUUUGUAAACAAAAAAGUACAAAAGUACAAUUUUUGUAUUUAAUCUUAUCAAAUUAUUAAUCACACAUUCUAUGAUGUUUUAAUUUUGAACAUCUAAUUUUUAUUUAUUAUACCAAAUAUUUUAAAAUGUCAAUAUUAGCAAUAAAAAAAUGUAAAUCUCAUACUAAACAUAGUUUAUUAAUAUUAUUUAUUUAUUUGCGAGCUAUACUCUAUUAUUACUUUUCUAUUUUCAACUUUAUAUCUGAAAACUGAAAAAUAAAAUUCAAACAAUUUGUUCAUAUUAAAAGUCAUUAUAUUGGCUUAGCCCACUUUUUAUUUAUUUAUUUUUUAAGCAUGUACAAAUCUGUUGUAAUUCAUUAUAUUUACAUUACAUAAGCCUGAAUCAUAAAAGCUGUACUCCCAUCAAAGAGAUUCAAAAUUUAAAUGGUUUCCCAUUCCCUCAUUUUUGUUACAUAUGUAAAAUACAAUUUACAAAAUAUGAAAUUUGUGAAUCUUUAGUAAAUAUCACACCAACACCCAACACUUCGUGCAAUAUUUUAAUAUUAAUUAUGACAUUAACUUUUUAAAAAUUUGAUAUUCCUACAUCACAUUUUUUUUGCAUCUCCACAGCUAUUAUUACUGAGCUGAUGCACUAUCCAGCAUAUUCCAGUCUUAUAAAAAAA